CAAAAUACAGACUUGUAGGAAAAAGACGCAAAAAUUAGAGUUUGAAAUAUUGAACAGUAAGCUAGUUGGGGGAGAAAGGAAGAUUGAAGAAAUUGUCUUGGGCAAAGCAAGAAUUCCAAUGGUCUGAAGACUGAUAUUCUCCAAACAGAAUAUCUGAAUUUGAAGGUGAGAAACUUUCGUUUCUUACGAUCGCCUUCUUUUUCUUCCCCAUUUCGUCGUCUACCCAUUUCUCAGCAUCUGAUAGGUCAUUAUAUGAAUCCUUUUUAUUCUUUUUUUUUCUUUUUCCGAAGCCUGCGAUUGGAUAUAUUAGAUGAUUGUGGAAAGCUACUGUUCUUGUUGUGGGAGAAGUAAUUCGUUAGAUCAACUUUUGUUCGCUGUUUAUGUUACAGGAGAGAUUAGUGGACGACAGGUGAGAGGAGUUGCUGUUUGUUGACAGCCCCAGUUUAUUUUGUGCUUUAAGGUGUUUAAUGGAAGAAAACCUAGGCCAAGACUCAACUCCCUCUUCCGGGCAAUUUGAUAAGUCCAGGGUUUUGAAUGUUAGACCAUUAAGAUGCAUUAAUCCUAUAUUUUCAUCUCCAAAUGCCAGUUCAUCUGCCAUUCCCCAAGUGGCAGCUCCUUUUGUUUGUGUGUCUCCCACAGGUCCUUUCCCACCGGGGUUGACCCCAAUUUACCCUUUUUAUGGCUUGCAAGAAACACCCUGUGAUGCGCCUAAUCAAGCUGAGCCUUUCGGUUAUAGCCCUCCGAUUUCAAAUGCAGUUCCUCUAAAUGCUUUUCAAACUCCCUCAUAUUCAACACCAGGAACAUGUAAGAGGAAUACUAGAAAACAGUUUGUUGGUGGGGCUGCUGGAGAAGAUGAAGAUGGCUAUGAUGACGAAAGGCCAAAGAAGAAGUCACAGAGGAAGAGUAGGGGACGCCAAGAAUCCACUCUUGUCUCGACCGAGGUUGAUCUAGAUACAAUAGUUGAAAACAUUCUUGCAUCAUCUAAUAUCAUGUCAUUUGAUUCAGUUCGAGAUGCAGACGGGGACAAGGAAUCUGUAGGAUAUGCACUGCUGAUAUAUGAUUCGCUGCGAAGGAAAAUAACACAAAUUGAAGAAGCAAAGGUCUUAACUCCAGGGUUUGCAAGACGACCUGAUUUAAAAGCUGGUACAGUCUUGUUGAAUAAGGGGAUUCGGACAAAUGUGAAAAAGAGAAUUGGGGCUGUACCUGGUGUUGAAGUUGGCGAUAUUUUCUUUUUCAGGAUGGAAUUGUGCUUGGUUGGUUUGCAUGCUCCGUCUAUGGCUGGGAUUGAUUAUAUUGGUGUCAAGACCAGUCAAGAAGAAGAGCCUUUGGCCGUUAGCAUUGUUUCAUCGGGUGGUUACGAGGAUAACGUGGAAGAUGGGGAUGUCCUGAUUUACAGUGGACAAGGUGGGAACAUUAAUAGUAGAGAUAAGGAAGUAAUGGAUCAGAAACUGGAGAGGGGAAACCUAGCUCUGGACAAAAGCUCCCGUCGAGGUAAUGAGAUAAGAGUUAUACGAGGUAUAAAGGAUCUCGCAAAUCCAACUGGGAAGAUUUAUGUCUAUGAUGGGCUCUAUAAAAUCGAGGAGUCAUGGACUGAGAAGGGGAAGUCUGGUUGCAACGUUUUCAAGCAUAAGCUGAUUAGGAUACCUGGCCAGCCUGAAGCAUUCAUGAUGUGGAAAUCGAUAAUGCAAUGGAGAGAGGGAACUGCCUCUAGAACUGGACUUAUCUUACCAGAUCUAACCUCAGGUGUAGAAAGCAUACCGGUUUCUCUUGUAAAUGAUGUUGAUGAUGAGAAGUGGCCUGCACAUUUCACUUACUCAUGUAGUAUCAAAUAUCCAGAAUCUAUAAAUUCACUGGAAAAUUAUGCUGGUUGUACUUGCCAAGGCGGAUGUCUCCCUAAUAAUCCUAAAUGUCUAUGUACCCAAAGAAACAGAGGCUCUCUUCCCUACAUUUUAAAUGGGGUAAUUGUGAGCCAAAAAUCAUUGAUAUACGAAUGUGGCUCUUCCUGCAAAUGUCCUCGUACUUGCAGGAACCGUGUGUCUCAAGGGGGUUUAAAAGUUCGUUUUGAGGUUUUCAAAACUAAGGAUAAAGGUUGGGCCCUUAGAUCUUGGGAUCCCAUCCGUGGAGGAGCAUUCAUAUGUGAAUAUGCCGGGGUAGUUCUUGAUAUUUCUAAAGUGGAAGAGAACAAAAUAUGUGAAGAUGAGUACAUUUUCGAUGCUACCCGUACUUACCAGCCAGUAGGUAUUCUGGCUGGUGACUCUAAUGAGACCCCAAAGAUUCCAUUUCCAUUGCUUAUUAGUGCUAAAGGUGAUGGUAAUGUGGCUCGUUUCAUGAAUCACAGUUGCUCCCCUAACGUUUUCUGGCAGCCUGUUGUGCGUGAAAGUAACAAGGAGUUUCGUGUUCACGUUGUGUUUCAUGCUAUCAGACACAUUCCUCCAAUGACAGAGUUGACUUAUAAUUAUGGCGUGGUGCCACCAGAGAAAACAGAGCAAAUGAAGAAAAAGUGCAACUGUGAGUCACCAAAAUGCGGAGGUUACUUUUAUUAGUGUUGAUUCGGAGGCAAGUGCAUAUGAUGACCUCUUCUAACUCAUGCUUUCUAUAAAGGUGACUUGUAGCUUAAAAGGAGAUAGUACACAUGAUAGGAGCUGGUGGAGUUCUUGAAUGGAUGUGUUGUAUUGCUGAACAGUGGCCUGCAAGUGUAUUUAGAUGUACAGGUAUGCUAGGGUAAACUUUUGUUUUUUGUUGGCUGAAUGUGGAUGCGAUGAAAAUAUAUUUCUACAGCUUUUUGAUGUACUAUAGAAGUUUGUGUAAUGUAAGUUUUAGGAGUAAGAGGUUAUCUGAGUUGGUAGUUUUUGUGAGGCAGGGCUGCAUGGUUUCACUUUCCAUGCCUCUUUUGCUUAACGUAGAUUCUAUAUGUUUUGGGGAGUGUAUUGAUCUCUCACUAAAUCACCAGUUUGAGAUUAGGGGUCUGUGAAUACUGACGGUCAAGAUUACAGAUUCAUCUUCCAUAAUUUGACUCAGACUAAAAUUCAACCUCAUUGAGGUUCCCCUCGUGAUGGUAAAGAUUACAGAUUACCAAACCUUAAUAGACAAAAUUUGAAAAGUGUUGUAUUAUUUGAACUAAAUUUUUGUACACAAGUAUUAUAGUAUCAUCUGGAUUAGAUGCUAUAAGUUAAACAUGUAAA